GGUGUGGCGGGAGCGUUCCUCGCUUUCCUGACCUUUGUGGUGCGGGACCACUUCGCGCGUCGGCCGCCCUGGGACGGCGGCGACGCCGACUGGUGCCGCGCGGAGGCUCUGGCACCGUCUCCCGCCCCGCCUGUGCAGGACGACGUUGUCUGCCCCGUGAGCUGGGUCCACCCUGGCAUCGUGGAGGAGAUCGCGCAGCAGCUCGUGGCUGAUCGCUGCGUGUGCGAGGUUCAGUGCAACAGCGUGAGGAGGGACUUCGCCCUCUUCGCGGGCGGCGUGGGUUUCUUCGGCUUCGGGCAGCUCAUCUACGGGGUGACCUUCUUCGGCCAGUGCUGCUGCUGUCGACGGGAUGGCGAGCGUCUUACGGUGCGGGAGUUCUUGAAUGAGCUCCUCCCUGGCCGCCUCGUGGCGGUCAAGUACCCAGGAGAGGACCUCUACCACGAGAGGGUGGUCCUCGGCCCGUGCGCUCGCGACUUACUCGGCCGAGUGAGUCGCUGGGAGGUGCUGACGCCCGAUCACGACAAGUACGACGAAGAUAUGACCAUGGAGGGCGACGAAGGCGAAGCCAUCGUCCUCCUGGACGACAUGGGCAAUUGUCCAGCGGGCCUGCGAGGAAGAUUCUACCGCUUCGCUGGAGACCGCUAUCCGAGCAGCCAGCAGAUCGUGGACUGGGCCAGAGCCCAGGUCGACCAGAUCAGGGCCGCUGGUGAGGAGCCGCUGUCGAUGACUCACUACAUCGACCACGAGGGCUCUCGCAGGGCGCUGGCUGGCGUGGGCAGGCGGCGCCGCCUGGGCGGUCCCGCGCCCUUGCCUGCGGGGGGGCCCGAGGCCCCUGGGGGCGUGGCCGCCGCUGGCGGCCUUGUGGCCUUGGACGGCGACGCCGACGGCGCUGGGGCUUCCGUGGGGCCCGCUGGCGCGGUCGGCCUGGGCGCUGUGCGCGACGCCACCGAGGACCCUUUCGGUCUUUUGCGUGCGCGCGAGGAGCCCGCCGAGGGUCGUGUCUGGAUUGUGUGCGAGAACUCCGACGAGCACGAGACCCUCGGGCUGGAGGUCACUUUGAGGCCUGGCGACAUCGCCAUCACUAGCCACGAUGGACUGGUGCAUCGGCACGGCGGGUUCUUGAGGGUUCGCUCGGUGCCUUCAAGCGAGUGCGUCGACUUCGUUGCCCGCCUCAAGGCUCGCAGCACGUCGGCGGCUGCUGAGCCGCCUGCUGGGGCUCUGGCGAUCGGCGGCACGAAGACUCCUCCCAUCGAGGCCGACGACGACGUCAGGACUUUCUGGGUCGACUACGACGAGUCUGGGAACCGUUUCAAGUCCUUCAAGAAGGCCGUGCAGGAGAGCCGCGAGGAGCCCAUCACGGCCGUGGAGGUGCAGGGCCCGCUUGGCACGCUCCACCUCGCGCGGUUCAUCGAGCGGUACGGCGGUGGCCCACGGCGCUGGUGGCAGGGCUUUGCACGGGACCACGGCACCAGCAAGACGGACAGGGUCUACCACGAGAUGACGAACCCCACGGAGAGCCUGACGUUGUUCGGCGAGUACGACCAGCUCAACUUGGGUGCCUCCGCUGGCAUCGAGAAGUUGACGAGACGCAUCUGCGGGGUGAUCGACGCCUACGCGACAGGCGGGGGUGUCCCCAGCUGGAAGAUGGCAGGCGCUUACGAGGGCGAGGCCAACUCGAUCGACGCCAUCGCCCCCGCCUUGCGCAAGUGGGGCCUGACCAAGGUGAAGGACCAUAACGAGCUGGAGCAGGCUCGUUCGCGCCAUCCGCGGCCCGCGGACGGCGCCGACCCGAGCGCCGCCCCGUCGGGCGCUGCGUGCCGUGGCGACGGCGGCCGUGGCCGCGGUGCUGGGGCAGGACGCCCCGAGCUUUUUGACCAGUUCCCGAUCGCGCUGCCGCCUUUGGAGUCUGCGCCGACUUCGGGAGGGCGUCGGUCGAAGAGAUACCGCAGACGUGACCACGUGCGGCAACUCGCCGAGGGCGCUUCAAAUGCACUUAAUUGGCUUGCUAAGACCGAUGACCACCGACUUCCUGAUCUCCGCGGGCGGCCUCAACAUGUUUCGGAGCUCGGCCAGUGCCAGGUGAUUCGCGAGCGUGACGAGGUGCUGUCCUACGUGGAGCAGUUGGCUGCGCUUCAGGUGCGCGACGGUGGCCAUGAGUACUACUUGCCGCCAGAAGUGGCCCUUCGGGAGCUGCUCUGUGACAAGGCGUCUGGCUACAGGAUGGACGCCUCUAUGACUACGCUCGCGCCGUACCAGCGAGGUCGGGUCUCCCUGCCUGAGAAGCGUGAUGCGGUGUCGUCCGUCUUCGACCUGGUGGGGGACCGUGGCCGUGCCUACCUGGAGGGUGCAGGAGAGCGCAUGCUCGAUCCCAGUGCUAGUGACACGUUGGCUGGCGACGCUGAUCGGUGUUAUGUUGAUCCCCAGCUCGCCAACAGCCCGAAGCUCUACGCCCGCUUCGUGCGCGACCUGAAGGCCAGGAACAUGCUGGUCUUCGGCAAGUGGGCGCAUGAGCGCACAG